AUGAAGUAUAAGACACAGAGUCAAGAUGAUGAUACUGUUCAACAACAACAAACCAGCAACCCCUUUGAUGCACUUGGAAAUAAUGUUGAAAGGAAGAAAGAGGCAAAAGAGAACAAGACACAGAUGCAGCUGGUCACCUUUCCAGAUAGCCUUGCUCUCGAUGGGUCCUCACUCCAGCCCCUUGAUGAUGUCACCUGUACCUCUAGGGUCCAGCCAUUACCCACAUUAUCUCCGCCAGAAAUAUACCGAGCAAGCUCAAGAAGGUUCCCAGAAGAGGCACCUGGGGCCUAUGCUGUGGGUGGGAUUAGACCGAUGUUUUAUCGCCCAAGACAUGACCUGGAAGAGCUGGGAUUGGAAUUGGUGCCUACAUCUCAAAAUGAAUGUGAUGGUGAAGAUGGUCUUAUUCAUGCUGACCCAGUUGAUGACUCAGAAAAUGGGGAGAUUCCAACUGCAUUUCCAAUAACAACAAGGGCAAAAAGAUUAUGGAAGAAGAAACUAGUCUUAUUCCUUUCCCUGCAAACAAUGUUGGCAAAAGUGCUUGUUGUAACUAUUCUUGUAGCAUUCCUUCUUGCUCAAAAAUCAAGUAAUCAAACACAGUCAUCAAAGCAGCAAAAUGGAGUGACUUCAAUACAAGAGGAAAAUCCAGGGAAGAUAGCUUCAAUCACACAAGCACCAAUUUCGCUUCUGGAAACGCUACAUCUACCUGAAUUCACCCUCAAGGCAAUGGAAAGUCCUAUGUCUCCACAGACCAAGGCAUAUCAAUGGCUCAACAACAAUAUCAACAAAUCCAAUAAUACACAACUCCCUGUAUGGAGACUAAAGCAAAGGUUUGCAAUGGCCACCCUUUACUAUUCAACACGGGGGGACUAUUGGCUGAAAAAUCAAGGCUGGCUGGAUUGGGACUUGAAUGAGUGCAACUGGGCUCAAUUUCAUGAGAAGUAA